GAAGAACGGAAAAUUGGCAUAUCUUCCAAGGCGCCUGGACUUGGCACGGCUACUGGCCAAAAUCAUGGUAUGCAUCCUUCGAAAAAUGAAGGAACAAAGGCAAACUUACUCUGUAUGCAGCUUUCAAACAAUCUAAUGGCUUGCACCAUGUGGCCAGAGACUCAGGACUUGAUGGAAAUAUCAUUUCAGUCUAUGACGCAACAACGUCGGUGAUGCCAUUCACGUCUCCUACGUCAUCUUUUCCCUCUAUUGUUCCGAUAUCAGUCACAAGGGCGGAAACUGAACGUCCCAUAUCCUCUCCUGUGCUCGAAGGGCCAUCUCCAUCAACGCGAUCCGCAUCACAAGAAACAUCCUCAGUUACUGCUCUAUUUUUGCCCCCUCGCGUCCCAUCGUCGGUGAUCACAGUGGUCAGUGAUUGUCUCUCAUCCUUCCCUAUAUCUGGAGGGCCUUCUCUUGCGACGUCCCCUGCACCAUCAGGCAUAUCACCAUCUACUGCGCUAUCUUCACCCCCUGCUGUUCCGCCAUCAGUGAUGCCCCCUACGUCAUCGGAAACACCUAUAAUUACUUUCCCCCCUCCCAUAGUCACUUCACUCCCACCUCCUGUUCUUCCUGUUCCCACUUCCUCCCUACUUCCUGUCUCUCCUGUUCCCACUUCCCUCCUACCUCUUGUUCCUCCCAUCAUCACUUCCCUCUUGCCUCCUGUUGUCACGCUUUCCCCAUCUCCUGUUGUUCCAGCAGCUUCAUCGAUAACAACAACCUCACAAAGUGUUGUCAGACCAGCCACCGCGACAUCCUCUGUAAUUGUGUCAGUCACAUCCGUUAUACCAAUACCAUCCCCCAAAACCGCGUCUACUUCGUCGACGCCUAAUGCGCAGUCAAAUUCAAGUUCGCAGCAGGCAUCUCCAUCACCGACACCGUCGCCUUCACCACAAGACGACGCUGUGUCAUCGCAAGAACUUGCAGGGUCUUUGAUUGCUAUUAUCACAGUACUUUCAUUCCUUGGAGUAUUUUCGUUCAUCCUUGGAGUUAUUGUUUUCUUUCGCACCAGACGCCGUCGUAUUUCCCGGACACCACUCCUUGAAGAAGAGCGCCGAACCUCGCGGCCGAACUUGUCUUCAAGGUUUUCUGUCUCAACUACAGGGUCAACAGAACGAUCUAGGCGCUUCACACUUUUUAAUUCGAGAACAUCUACAGCAUAGAGUCUACUGUAACUUCCUCGUCCCACCGGCCCGAGUGAUGGUGUGAUGGUAGCAACUACGCCUUACAUGGUCUUCUUGGUGACAGCCUUGAGACAGGAAUGAGGCCUCUGAAUUGGUUGUAACACAAGGGAAGGGAUUUCACACCGAAUUCUUACUUAUCGAGAGACAUUACUUGGUUACAUUCGGCGUCUACAACACGUAUUAAUAAUGACAUUUAAAGAA